AUGACAACUCUUGAUGACAAAAGUCUUUGGAACCAAGCCGAGGAUGGGCUUGAAGAUCUUGGGCAAGAAAUCUUAAAGUCUAGUACCGAUGAUAUUAUCAAUCGCACGCGCUUGCUCGAGAAUGAAAUUAAGUUACUCGACAUGGAUCCAAAUGAUGAACCGGAAGAAGAUGGUGCCAAUAUCGACCUUGAUGCGCACCGAAAAGGAAAAUGCGCAGUAAUUAAGACAUCUACGCGACAGACAAUUUUUUUACCUUUAAUUGGACUUGUUGAUCCAGCUACUUUAAAACCGGGAGAUUUAAUCGGCGUAAACAAGGAUAGUUAUUUAGUUUUGGAUACGUUACCUGCUGAAUACGAUUCUCGUGUUAAAGCUAUGGAAGUUGAUGAAAAACCAACUGAAGAUUAUACUGACAUUGGAGGCUUAGAUAAGCAGAUCGAAGAAUUGGUAGAGGCUAUCGUGCUUCCUAUGACACAUGCUGAUAGAUUCAAGAAUUUAGGUAUCAAACCACCGAAAGGUGUUUUAAUGUAUGGACCACCUGGCACGGGUAAAACAUUGUUGGCCAGGGCUUGUGCCGCUCAGACCAAUUCUACAUAUUUAAAAUUAGCAGGCCCGCAACUUGUUCAGAUGUUUAUCGGUGAUGGAGCCAAACUUGUGCGUGAUGCGUUUAACUUGGCAAAAGAAAAAGCGCCUUCCAUUAUUUUCAUAGAUGAAUUGGACGCUAUAGGAACUAAGCGUUUUGAUAGUGAAAAAAGUGGUGAUCGAGAGGUACAACGAACAAUGUUAGAAUUAUUGAAUCAACUUGAUGGAUUCAGCAGUGAUGAAAGAAUCAAGGUGAUUGCUGCUACAAAUCGUAUUGACAUUUUGGAUCCAGCACUCCUGCGAUCUGGACGUCUUGAUAGAAAGAUAGAGUUUCCGCUUCCAAAUGAAGAGGCGCGUGCACGUAUUCUUCAGAUUCAUUCACGUAAAAUGACCGUUGGUGCUGACGUCAAUUAUGACGAAUUAGCCCGUUGUUGUGAUGAAUUCAACGGUGCUCAAUGUAAAGCUGUUUGCGUUGAGGCAGGCAUGUUAGCUUUAAGGAGAAACGCAACUGAAUUGAAUCAUGAAGAUUUUAUGGACGGUUCUCGUGGAAUUUUUGGCGUUGAUCUCGCCGAAGGAAUAGAAUAUGCUAGAGUACCAAUAUGUAUGGCAGGGCCAGACGGGAAACAAUAUAUAUACGGGUAUAUACCGACAAUAGUCGCAAAAUGCGGAAUGUAUUUAAAAGAACAAGGAUUUGGAAAUAAAAAUCCUAAAAACCAUGCCGGGGUAGAUACUUUUGCGACAACAACUGAAGGCAUAUUCCGAUUAAGUGGAUCAGCCAAAAGGAUAAAAGAAUUGCAAACGAUUUUUGAUUCUCCACCGGUUUAUGGAAAGACUUUAACCUGGGUUGGCUAUACUGUACAUGAUGCUGCAAAUGUACUACGAAGGUAUCUAAACCAUUUACCAGAUAAAGUUAUUCCACUUGUUUGGUAUGACAAGUUUCGAGCAGUACAUGUUAGCCAUAAGGAUGCAGGUGCCCUCGUGGAAAACUACCAAAGGUUGAUCCAAUCGCUUCCUAAAGAAAACCAGCAUUUACUCCUUUACAUUCUCGAUUUACUUGCAGUUUUUUCAUCUAAAUCUUCACAAAACUUGAUGCCAUCAAAGAAUUUGGCUUCUAUUUUUCAACCCGGCAUUCUAUCUCAUCCAGAUCACGAUAUGGAUCCUGAACAAUAUAAAUUAUCACAAGAAGUUGUGGAGUUCUUAAUUGAUUAUCAAAAUUAUUUUUUGAUGUCUUUACCAAAUCCUGAUCAUGAUAUCCCUGUAAGCGAGCCUAUUAGGACUCGAAAUAUUGAUCCGGACACUGAUACAAUGUCACUUAUGGAGCCAUACGACCUUAAUAAUGUACCCGUUACACAAUUACCAUUACGAAGAUCUAGUUUAAGCCUUGAACCUUCAAGCGAUAAUGAUAUGUCAUUGCCGCAACGACGACCAUCAUAUGAUUCUAGAAUAUUAAGUCGUCCAGGAUCUACAAUUCUAGGAAGGAGUAAAACAUUACCCAGUAAAAGAUCUACGUACAGGGACAGUCAAAACUUAGGGGUUGCGGAAGGAGAAACUAUUGAAGAUCCCAACGAUUUAGCAUUUGGUUCUCGAUCUACACGAUUCGAACGAGGUCUAGCAUCGAGGAAGGAAUCAAAGUUAAAAACAAACUCAAGAAAAUCACCUAUUAACAAAUCAUUUUGGUCAUCAUCGACUGAUCAAAUUGAACAGUUUGAGGAUGAUUUAUCAAUAAAUUCUUCAAUAUCAUCGAGAAAACAAAACCACAAUGAAAAAAAGAAUAAUGUCAAGAAAAAUUCAAAGAAAAGAUG